GGCAGUGUUUGUGUGGUCAGUGCGCAUGUCACCCACCUGGAGAUAAACGUGUGCACGGCAAGAACUGUGAGUGUGACGACAGGCAGUGCGAGGACCUGAACGGAGAUGUCUGUGGAGGCCAUGGCUUCUGCUCGUGUGGCCGCUGUAUCUGCAGUGAUGGAUGGUUUGGGAAGCACUGCCAGUUCCCCCGCAGCUGUGACAUGACGGACGAGCAGAGCAAGAGCCUGUGCGAGACGGCCGACGGCGUCAUGUGCUCUGGAAAAGGCUCUUGUCACUGUGGCCGCUGUAUCUGCUCACCACAGGAGUGGUACGUUUCAGGGGAAUUCUGCGAGUGCGACGACAGGGAGUGCGACAAACAUGACGGGCUGGUUUGCACAGGGAACGGCGUGUGCAACUGUGGAAAUUGUGACUGCUGGGAUGGCUGGACAGGAAACGCCUGUGAAAUCUGGAUUGGAGAGGAAUAUUAACCCCUGGUGGACACUAAAAGAGUGCUUCUGUUGUCAGUCAAGCCACAGAAAGGGCCUCCACAUCAGCGACAACAAGGGAAAAUUGAUUUUAGAAAUCUGUGCAAUAUAACCGCAUUCAAUCUAUAUAUAUAUUUUUAAAGCAAUGUGGUUUCAGCUCCAUUGUGUGCACACAAAACAGCUGUUGGAGAUGACUUAUAUAAUCCUCUAUAUUUUUCAAUGUAACUAUAUAUGUGUGAACAUUGUGUAUAAUAUUGCGCACAUAGAAUAUUGACUGACAGCUAAGCACAAGUCAAAAGAGAGGAUCACAGCAAAUGGUGACCCAUCUAGAAAAGAUAGAGCUUCACAUGUGCAGUCACACGUGAAAUCUGUGGAUCACACGGAUGUAAAAUCCAUGUGAUAACGGGUUUUAUCAGCCUGAUCUCACGAGGAAACGUAACUAUUUUUUACGCUUUAUCAGUUUAGUGGCUAAUUCAAAUAGUGGCGAGUUCAGUCGUACAAAAGUAUAUCAUUUUAAAAAGAAGGCGUGGCACCCAACCUCACCCCUAAACCCAACCUUCAUUAGGGGAUAAGCAAAUCGUACUAAAUUGUACGAAUUAAAUCAUAUUAAUUUAUACGAACUAGCCACUAAAUCAAAAAAGUUAGGAAUUGCCACAUGAAAGUGCUCCAAGAUCAGAUGUUUCACAUGUUUCAUGUUGUAAAGCUUGCGCCAUUUUUCUGUAAGGGAAACAUACACUGAAGAUCAUUUCAUUAUUGUUCAGGUUGUUUUUCAGAGUAAUUUUUGGCCCUGCUUUAUGCACAGUAAGUUUCAUGUGACAAAUGUUGUAAACAACCUGAUCCUAAUAAAUUUAAUCUGCUCUGA